GCUCCACUUCGUAACCUCAGAAUGCUUCCCGAAUCUACUGAGCCUCAGGCUCUACUUCGCGCUCCUGAUUUCGUUCGUAAUCUCCCACUCCAACAAGUCCUGUCUUCAGGUCAGGUCUUACCCAGUCCCACCUCACCUCCUUGCAAUGCCAAUUCGCUCAGACAACCCACAAGUCUGCUGAUGGAACAAAUCAAUCCAUCAGAUAGAAUGGUAGGCUAUGUUGAUUUAUUUUUCUAA